AACAUUUCCUUAAUUUCAAUUUCAAUUUCAAAAAAAAAAAAAGAAUCAUGAGGAAGAUAGCAUUAGGGAGCCGAGGAGAGGCUGCUCAGCCUGACUGCAUCAAAGCCCUCGUCGUGGAAUUCGUCACCACUUUCCUCUUCGUCUUCGCCGGCGUCGGCUCCGCCAUGGCCGCCGAUAGCUUAGUAGGGAACACACUGGUGGGGCUAUUCAUGGUGGCGAUGGCCCACGCCCUGGUGGUGGCGGUCAUGAUAUCGGCCGGCCAUAUCUCCGGCGGCCACCUGAACCCCGCCGUGACACUCGGCCUCCUCUUCGGCGGCCACAUCACUCUUUUCCGGUCAUUCCUCUACUGGAUCGAUCAGCUGUUGGCCUCCUCCGCCGCUUGCUUCCUCCUCAACUACCUCACCGGCGGAUUGGGUACACCGGUUCACACACUGGCAAAUGGCGUGGGAUACACGCAAGGAAUCAUAUGGGAGAUCAUAUUGACAUUCUCUCUGCUCUUCACUGUCUACGCCACGAUCGUGGAUCCCAAGAAGGGUUCGAUCGAUGGGCUGGGUCCGCUUCUUACCGGAUUUGUUGUCGGAGCCAACAUUUUGGCCGGUGGCGCCUUCUCCGGCGCCUCCAUGAACCCGGCUCGCUCCUUCGGCCCUGCCCUUGUCUCCGGCGUCUGGACCGACCAUUGGGUCUAUUGGGUCGGACCACUUAUCGGCGGCGGACUCGCCGGUUUCAUCUAUGAGAAUUUCUUCAUUGAUCGCUCUCAUGUCCUAAUUGCUAGAGACGAAGAACAAUAAUGACAAAAAAAAAUGUACCUUAAUUGUGUGGGCAAGAGAUAAUAAUGCAAGAGUUUGAGGGUUUAAUCAAUGUUUAGUCUCAGUCUUGUCUUAAUCCUUUUGUUGUUUAAGUGGAUAAUCUUUGUGAUAAACAAGUGAGUUUGUGUCUUAA